UCCCCUUCUCUCUCUCUCUCUCUCUCUCUCUCUCUCUCUCUCUCUCUCUCUCUGGCCGACUCCAACAUCCCGGUUUGUCCGCUGCCUGCUGAAGGAUCCCUGCCUGCUCCCUCCCUUGGCCAGUUCAUUCAAAUAGAAGAAAGGAAAAAUAAGCCAGAUUUCUGUCUAUUAGAUCGAGGCAGAGAGAGAUUUGAAGCGGAACCAUGAAUCGCCGUUUCGUCAAUCUGCUGGUCAAUAGGUUGUGCGCCCCUCGACCCGCUUACAGGCUGCACUGCAUCGACCCCGCAACCUUGUUUUACCCUACCGGAUCGCCACAGCCAGCAGAUCCAGCUGCCAUAAACGACAGCGCUCCAGCUCCUGGGAGGUUGCCUGCGCCCACCAUAUCCUUCGACUGGCCCUGCAAGCCGCACCAAUCCGGCUGGAUGGAUUUCAUGGCCUUCAAGAACAACAUCAUUGCCGUCGACCAAGAGGGCCGCACGCUCCUCUACGACACCGCCUCCAGGGCAGUCCGGGCCUUGAACCCGAUGCAACCCCCUCUGCGGUCAUACAACAUAUUCGUCACAGUAGGCGACAGCCUGUAUGUCAUGGCGAGCGAGGCUGGCUUGGGAUCCCGGCUUAUAUGGUUCCAUGCUCUCAUCUACGGCCAGCCGCCCGAUUUCAUAGGUCAGCAGGACUGGUACUGGCGUCCUCUCGACCUGCCUUGCUUUGAUUAUGAGGGUGCUAAUUACAAGUCGGAUCUGCCUCACUCUGAUUACGACUCGGAUGCUGAUGAGGACUGGAAUGCUGAUUACACGGAUUCUGCAGAUGAUACAAACACCAAUGAGUCACCACACCCCUGUGCGAUCUGUGCCUACACGGUGGUUGGUAAUUCACAGAUCUGGGUAUCCACACUGGGCGCUGGCACGUACUCCUUUGACAUCGUGAGUGGCACGUGGAGCAAGGUCGGCAUGUGGGUGCUGCCGUUCAGAGGCCGUGCUGUUUACGUCCCCGAGCACAACCUCUGGUUUGGCUUCUCAGAUAAAGACGAUCAGCUCUGUGCGGUUGACCUUGCUCUGACGCAGCCGGUGCUCCAGAAGGUGUUAGAAGACCCACCUCUGCCCGAGGCGUGUUCCCGGAUGGCUUCCCAUCUUCUUCAUUUGGGCUCUGGCAAGUUGUGCGUGCAAAGGCUGUUCCAGAAGACACAGCAGGGGAGCCUUCUUCAGUCAGUUCCCAGUGAUGAGAAAGAUGAAGGUUUUGCCGUGCUCGCUGGUGUGGAAGUUCGGCGCGAUGAUGGCAUUGGAGACCUUCAGAUGAUCAAGCACAAGUCCAUGCAUUAUGGUUUUGAUGAAAAUGGCGUCAAGCUGCUGUGAUAUUGCAAGCGAGUUUAGAGCAAGGACUUCUUUUGAAAAAACUUUAGGCCAGUUUUUGUUUGUAUAUUCUGCUAUCUGUGGAAAUUUAAAUUGGCUGAUUUGUUGAAUUACUGUGGGACUAGAAUCGGACUAGAAUCAAGUUAUGUCUGUUGUACGUUAGAGAUUUCCUGCAAUCCUCUUAUGCAGAGUCUUAAGUAACUAGAAGGAUAUAUGUGCGCUUUGCUGCGCCGGUAAAGAGUAAUGAAGAGACAAACAUGUCUUAU